GUGAGCAUAUUCGCGUCUACGAGAUGGUCCUUAAUUAUGACGGAAUAUACAGGAUGAUCUUGGUUGCAGAUGUAUGUGUCCCAAUUGAACGGGAAAAAAUUGUAGGCUUUUUGCCAGUUUUGGAAGCGUUUUAUAAUGUUAAACAUCGUAUUUCCGAACUUUUAACGGUAAUUGCCUCUAACACCCGCCUAGUUCUCCAUCACGUUCUUCCUAUGGUAGAAUGCCUACCCCUUCGCCAAAACCUGUUAGGGUUGCAAUUACUGCGAGAUAAAGACAAAAGGUAUAAUUAUGAUAAAAUAUUAGAGCACCUUACUAUCAUCCGUGAAAAAAGAUCCAAGGAAAUGGGAUUACAGCUCCCAGAAAUCUCACGUAAAACUUUAUGUAGAAAAACCCAAAGGGCUAUAAAGACUUAUAAUUCGACGACGGCCCAUCGCCAAAAUCAUGUAGCCGAAAUUUUACCUGAGGUAAAUACACCCACCAAACCUCAAACUCUUCUGUGA